AGAGAAUUAAAUAGCCAAAAAAAAUAUUCACACGAAAAAAAGAGUAGGUAUUGAUAAAGCAAUAAAACGAUACGGUAUUGAUAUCAGUCGAUCAGUUCACGCUAUGUUGAUAAGAUGUGCAAACUGUGUUCGUGAUGACAAGUGAUCUAGUUGCACCUCGACAGUGCAGUGCGAUGUAAAUAACAAAUAAAUACAAGAACAUUACCAGACUGUUUAACAAAAUGAAGUGUUCAUUGAAAUUGAAAGUGUGCAUUCUUGUCAUCUAUACUGUUUUAAGUAUAGAUGGACUUGCAGAGGUUCAAACUGAAGCGGCAAGAGCAAAAAACAUUUUAGUGACACGUGUUCCGUCAGAUUUAAACGUGAACAUAGAAACUAUAUCUUCAAAAGAUGUAAUGAAAGAUGUGACAAACUCCACGAAACAUACCAAAAAGCCUGGAGAUAAGGUUAAAGAUAUGGGUAAAGAUGAGUACAGAAUAAUAGACACAGAUAAAGGGAAGGUGAGGGGACAUGUGGCUGAUGAUGGGAACUACUUCGCGUAUCUUGGGAUUCCGUAUGCUGCACCGCCAGUAGGGGUCAAUAGGUUUAAGGCCCCACGUCCAGUCAAGCCGUGGAGUACAGUAUACGAAGCCAACCACACGGUCGUAUGUCCACAAAGAGGAGGAGGGAAUGAAGACUGUCUCAUACUGAAUGUGUUCACACCAGUCCACAUUGGACCGGGACGCCUGCCAGUAAUGGUCUACAUACACGGAGGGUCAUUUUUAUUUGGUCAUGGACCAACAGAUGGAGUAGAACCACUUAUAGAUCAUAACAUAAUUGUAGUAACAAUAAAUUAUCGCCUCGGAGCUCUGGGUUUCCUUUGUUUGGGAACAGAAUCGGCACCAGGCAACGCUGGAUUGAAAGAUCAAGUAACAGCUUUGAAAUGGGUUAAUAGAAACAUUGGUAACUUUGGGGGUGAUCCUAAUAAUGUGACGUUGUACGGGAUGAGCGCGGGUGCAGCUGCAGUUGAACUACUUGUUUUGUUUAAGAAUAAUUCUGAUAAAAACCAAAGUUUGUUCCACAAGGCGAUAAUUGAAUCUGGUUCUGCACUAAACGUAUGGACCAUAGACGAAGAUCCGAUUGCCACAGCUACUAUCAUCUAUAAGGGAGCUAAAAAGGGUCCAACUUCAAGAAAGGAUGUGGACAAAACGUCCGUGCUUGCCGACUUUUAUUCAACAGUCUCCGCUGAAAAUCUGACAAGAUACAGCUUGAAUUUCUACAAACAUUCCACUGACGGUAUGUUUGGGUUUGCGCCCUGCGUGGAGCUGCCGAGUGCGCACAGUGAAGACCAGUUCAUGUCUCUGCACCCCCGACACAAGCUCGUAGACCAAGACUACCAUAAAGUGGCCAUGAUGUUCUUCUUCGCUUCACUAGAAGGCCUCUUUCUCAGAAGCCAAGAAUUCCACGAAAUCGACUACCCAGUUAAAAUGAUGAGAAAGUUUGAAAACUUUUUGCCAGCAGACCUCAUUUUCGACACUCCAGAGACUAAAGCGAAGGUGGCGCAGAAUAUUAGAAAGUUCUAUUUCGGUUCGGAGCCAAUCACUUUGAAGGAGAUAAAUGGGUACUUCAAUUACUUUGGGGACGCAUUGAUUCUGAAUGGGUUGCUGGACUCAGUGGAGCAGCAUGCCAGGAACAACACAGUCUACCUGAUGGAGUUCGAGCACAGAGGCAAGAUGGGUUACAGAGACAUGUUCUUCGACUUUGUUGAGAAGGCAGGCCACGGUGACGUCAUCAAACACGCCAUUUUGCUGCGACCCAUUGAAGAUGCAACUGACAAUGUGGCCGUCAACAGAGUCUCAACUAUCAUAAGCAAUUUUGUGAAGUUUGGAAACCCAACUCCCAGUAAAUCUGAAGUUUUGCCACUCGAGUGGCCGUCAGUACAGGCAGACAACAUGACGUACCUGAAGCUAGGCAGCGACUUCCAACUCUUGGAGCAGCCAUACGUGAAGCGAAUGCUGUUCUGGCACCAGAUUUAUAAAACUUACGGGCGGGCUCAGAUCGAUCCUCUGCCGUGGCCGUAGAACAAUGCGGACUCGAGUGUACCUAUUCUCUACUCAGUGGCAGUGGCCAUAAUUCUGUGAGUUUCAAAUUGUGUGAGUUUAAAAACCUGGAGGUCACUCUCUAAAUCGACGAGCGAACAAGAAUUGUCACAGAAUCGGGACGCUUAAUACGAGAAGACUUAAUUCCACGGUCAAAAUUGAGAUAUGGUACUGUACUGUACUGUACUGGUACUGUACUGUACUGUAUGGUACUUUAAUGGGUUUCGUUAUCGUUUUGUGUAAGAAGAUUAAGCUAUUUUGAUAUACAGUGAUUUAUUA